UUUCUUAGCUUAACUUUGAUCCAUUUUUCAAGAUUCUUGAAAUGGGCAUAUAUUAUUUCUUUCACAUAAUCAUUGUUGUAUGGCUUUUCUUGAUCUCAAACACAUAUGCAUUACAAACCACUCAAUCUAGAUAUCUUCUUCAGUUAAGACAACAUUUGGAAUAUCCAAUUCAGUUAAACAGUUGGGAAUACUAUUAUGGAGAUUUUUGCAACUUCCCUUCAAGUCUUCAUGUAAGUAUAAAAUGUGAAGACAAUUCUGUUACUGAACUCAAAAUAAUGGGAGAUAAGCUUCCAAAAGUCAGUCUUUUCAAUGGAUUUGCUCUGCAAAACCAAACGUUAUCCGAAACUUUCUCUAUCGAAUCGUUAGUCGUUACAUUGACAAGACUGACUACUUUAAAGGUUCUUAGUUUAGUAUCUUUAGGAAUUUGGGGUCAACUUCCUGAUAAAAUCCAUAGGCUUAGUUCACUUGAAGUCUUAGAUAUGAGCUCAAAUUUUAUGUUUGGUUCUGUCCCAAAUGAGAUUUCGAGAUUAAAAAAUCUUCGUACUUUGACCCUAGAUGCUAAUUUCUUGAAUGAAACCAUCCCUGACUGGUUUGAUUCAUUAUCUAACCUUACCAUUUUGAGUUUAAAGAAUAAUUACUUAAAGGGUCAUUUCCCUGCUUCAAUUUGCAAGGCUACAACCCUUACAGAUUUAGCACUUUCCCACAAUCAAAUUUCGGGUAAAUUACCUGAUUUAAGUACUUUAUCGAAUCUACAUUUACUAGAUUUAAGGGAAAAUCAUCUAGAUUCUGAACUUCCUUUGUUGCCUAAAGGAGUGAUCACAGUUCUAUUAAGUAACAACUCCUUUUCGGGCAACAUUCCUGAAGAGUUUGGGAAACUUAACCAAAUUCAUCAUGUUGACAUUUCAUUAAACUCAUUGGUAGGAACGCCACCGUCUGGUUUGUUUGUUUUGCCAAACAUUACUUAUCUGAAUCUAGCUGCAAAUAUGUUAAGCGGGUCACUUUCCAAUUCGAUCAAAUGUGGAAACAAACUUGGUUUUGUUGAUAUUUCUAGCAAUCAGUUUACGGGUAGGCUUCCUUCUUGUUUGGACGCAACUUCUAGUAACAAACGAGUUGUAAAGUUCACUGGAAAUUGCUUUUUUGUUGGUAAUGGAAGCCAUAAAGAAUCUGAUUGUAAAGAAGGAAGGAUGGUAAAGAAAACAUAUAUUUGGGGUAGAGCUUUGUGGGUCCUCAUUGUUGUAACUUGUUCCGGAAUCUUUUUAGCAUCAUUUGCGAUUCUCAUACUAAUAUACCGAAGAAGACGUCAUCCAAGAGAGACAGUUACGCUACAGCACACUGCACCGAAAGUCAGUAAGGAGAGUACACCAACAGGAACCUCUCCUGAAGUUAUUACUAAUGCUGGGAUUGUGUCUGAAGCAUCUGAGUUAGGAACACAAGUUGCCCCAUCGUGCCGAGUGUUUUCCAUUGAAGAUCUAGCAGAGGCGACAGACAAUUUUGAUCAGUCGGCAUUCCUGGGUGAGGGGUCCAUUGGGAAGCUUUACAAGGGAAGAUUAGAAAACGGAGGAUAUGUUGCAAUACGCUCACUUUCUUUGUUCAAACGAUACUCAAAACGAAACCUGAAAGUCAGAUUAGAUUUGAUCUCAAAGCUUCGCCAUCCACAUCUAGUUGGCUUCUUGGGUUACUGCAUACACGAUGGUGGAGGAGAAGAGUCAACUUCUAGCAGAAUCUUCCUCGUAUACGAGUACAUAUCUAAUGGAAAUUUUCGAGCUUUUCUCUCAGAUAGCAGGCUGGAAAGAGUUCUUAGGUGGCCAGACCGAUUAGCAGUUCUGAUAGGAGUUGCAAAAGCUAUACAUUAUCUGCAUACAGGAGUGAUCCCCGCUUCAUCAAGUAACCGUUUAAAGACAAACAACAUAUUGCUUGAUGAUUAUCAAAUUGCAAAGCUCAGCGAUUAUGGAAUGUCUGUCAUCACAGGAGAACUAGAACAGCUUGAGGCAAAGGGAUCAGAUGUACCUAAAUCAUGGCGUUUAAAAAAGAUGGCUGAUGAUGUAUAUGAUUUUGGAUUCAUAUUACUCGAAUCACUUGUAGGGCCAAUAGUAAGUGGCAAAGGCGAAUCAUUUCUGCUCAAUGAAAUGAAAUCUUUUGGAAGCCAAGACGGGAGACAAAGGAUUGUUGAUCCGGUGGUACUAACAACAUGCUCUCAAGAGUCUUUAUCGAUUGUGAUAUCAAUCACAAACAAAUGCAUAUCACCAGAACCAGCAAACCGGCCAUCGUUUGAGGACGUGCUUUGGAACUUGCAGUAUGCAGCUCAAGUACAGACCACGGCUGAUCUUGAUCAGAGAUCAGAAAGUGCUUCAAUGUGUUGAUUGUUUUAGACUUAGUUAGCUAGUCUUAGUUCACAUAACAAAAUUAAUGUUCAUUAUUUUAUUUUAGACUAAUACAGUUAUAAACCCAAAGUUGUUACAAAUUUACCACAUUACUUUCUUGCA